CAACAAACUCGCCCGAGGCGACUACUGGUCGGUCACGAUUCCAUACAACUCACCAUGGCCGAAGUAGUUCAAGCGCGGACAUCGUUCGCCCCUUCCUCUCCCUCGCGCAAGCGGUCGGCAUCCCCAGCUGCAGAAGAUUCAGCCGCCACCACCACAGCCCUCACAACGACGACCAACAAUGACACCACACUCGCCUCGUCAGAACCACCCGCGAAGAAGACCAAGUUGAUCCGGCGCAAACGACGGCCCGCGCGCCCGCAGGUCGACCCUUCGACCGUCAAGUCCGAACCCCCGCCGCAGACCGGCACAAUUUUCAACAUCUGGUACAACAAGUGGUCCGGCGGCGACCGUGAAGAUGCGUACCUCUCAAAGACCGCGGCCCCCUCGCGGUGCAACAUCCGCAACGACAGCGGCUGGACCGCGGCGGACAAGACCCCCGGCAGUUAUUUCUGCCUGUUCUUCGCCCGCGGCCUGUGCCCCAAGGGCCACGAGUGCCAGUACCUCCACCGCCUGCCGACCAUCUACGACGUCUUCAACCCCAACGUGGACUGCUUCGGGCGCGACAAGCACAGCGACUACCGCGACGACAUGGGCGGCGUGGGCAGCUUCCUCCGGCAGAACCGCACGCUCUACGUGGGCCGGAUCCACGUCACGGACGACAUCGAGGAGAUCGUGGCGCGGCAUUUCCAAGAGUGGGGUGAAGUCGAGCGCACCCGGGUCCUGACGGGGCGCGGUGUGGCCUUCGUGACGUACGUGAACGAGGCGAACAGUCAGUUUGCCAAGGAAGCGAUGGCGCAUCAGGCUCUGGACAACAAUGAGGUCCUCAACGUGCGGUGGGCCACGGUUGACCCCAACCCUCUCAGUCAGAAGCGCGAAGCUGCGAGGAUCGAAGAGCAGGCCGCCGAGGCCGUCCGGAGGGCUUUGGGCGAGAGGGCGGUGCGCGAGAUCGAAGGACGAGAGACACAGGAAGAACGAGAACAGAGGCGGAUCGAGAGUGGGUUCGGACUUGACGGGUACGAGGCCCCAGAGGAGAUUUGGUACAACCAGCAAAAACAACUCGAGGAUACGGGCAGCAAAGGGUUGCUGGAUGCACCCGCGCAGGAUCAGGCUGACCAGGCGGCUGGUUCUUCGACGACGACGCAAUAUCAAGCCGGAGGUGAUGGCGGCGACGGCAGCAGUGGUGUUGAUGGUGGAAUCUUCUCGGGUUCGACACUGGCGGCGCUGCAGAGGAACAAGACUACGGCGAGAUCGCUACCUGCGCAAGCCGCCAAGUCAGCCGCCCCUGCUGGGCCGUUGGUCGGGUAUGGCAGUGAUGACGAAAGUGAUUGAUUGCGUAUCAUCCUACCGAGUACAUGGGCAGAACAGUCAAUUGGCUGAAUUAUUGAAAUCCAAUCGAAUCAUGCUCUGCACCAGAUUUUUCAUUUUAUUGCUAGCGAAAUAUUCAAUUGAUGCCAGUUUUAUUCUUUUCGG